AUGUCACAGUUUGUUUCAUCACCAGCUGCACUUCCUUCGGAUGCUGCACGCUUAUUAAACUCGCAAGUGUCAUCCUAUGGCAGAGAUGUUUCAACUCCAGCACCACCACUAGUAUUUUCCGAUAAUAGUCAGUCGCAACCGGUAGGCCAAUCAUUGGGCAAUAGGGCCAUAACAGGUAGAAGAAGACAAAUCGCAGUGCCCAAAGUUGUUGAUGUUACUGGUGAAAAAGUCCGAGAGAGUUUUGAAAACUUUAUCGAGGAAUUUGUCGAUCCAGAAGAACUCAAUAACCACUGGAAUGGAAAGAUAUAUCUUGCUCAAAUUGAAUCAAUGAAGACGUAUGAAUAUAGCACUUUAUACGUGAACUACCAGGAUUUACUUUCAAGAGAGAAUGGAGUGUUGGCAACUGCUAUAUGCGAGCAGUAUUACAGAUUUUACCCAUUCUUGAUAAAUGGAUUAAAGAGACUUUUGAAAAAAUAUGCACCAUCAUUACUUCAAACAAACUUGAUUGGUAGUAGUAACAACAACAACAACAACAGCAAUAACAACAAGGACAACAACGACAAUGAAGAUGAUGGUCACAACGGGUAUAGUCAAGGCACAUCAUCAACUACAUCACAAGCAGCUAAUGAGAGGGUUUUCCAAAUUUCUUUUUUUAAUAUGCCAACAGUACAAAGGAUCAGAGAUAUCAAGUCAAAUAAAAUCGGAUCUUUAAUGACCAUCUCAGGUACAGUGACGAGAACCUCAGAAGUUAGACCAGAAUUGUAUCGUGCUUGCUUCACUUGUGAUAUGUGUUCUGCUUUGAUUGAAGGCAUUGAACAAGUUUUCAAAUAUACUGAGCCAACUUCUUGUCCUUCGUGUGAGAAUCAAUCUUAUUUCACAUUGAAUGUUGCAAAGUCACAAUUCACCGAUUGGCAAAGAGUAAGAAUUCAAGAAAACGCCAAUGAAAUCCCCACCGGUUCAAUGCCACGUACAUUGGAUGUCAUCUUACGUGGUGAGACUGUUGAAAGGGCCAAGCCAGGUGACAAGUGUAAGUUUACUGGAUGUGAAAUUGUGAUUCCAGAUGUUUCACAAUUAGGCCUUCCAGGUGUCAAACCACAGUCUAUUAGGGAGAACAGAGGUUCAGAACUCAACUCUGGUGUAACGGGAUUGAAGUCUCUUGGUGUAAGAGAUUUAACAUACAAAUUGGCAUUCAAUGCGUGUCAUGUAAGUUCAAUGAUUAAUAAACCUGGUGGUGGAAAGGAGACAGAAUCGGAUACUAGCGAUCAAGAGAUUUUCCUUACCUCCCUCAGCGAUGCCGAUGUCAAUGAGUUGAAGGAGAUGGUCAAAGACGAUUACAUUUAUGACAAAUUAGUUCAAUCGGUGGCUCCAGCAGUGUUUGGCCACGAAGUUGUGAAAAAGGGUAUACUUCUUCAACUUCUUGGUGGUGUUCAUAAGCAAACAGUUGAUGGAAUUAAUUUGAGAGGUGAUAUCAACAUUUGUGUUGUUGGUGAUCCAUCCACUUCCAAGUCUCAAUUUUUGAAAUAUGUUUGUGGGUUUAGUCCCAGAGCAGUUUAUACCUCUGGAAAAGCUUCUUCAGCAGCAGGUUUGACUGCAGCUGUGGUGAAGGACGAAGAAAGUGGGGAAUAUACUAUUGAGGCUGGUGCAUUGAUGCUUGCCGACAAUGGUAUAUGUGCCAUUGAUGAAUUUGACAAGAUGGACAUCGCCGACCAAGUUGCAAUUCACGAAGCCAUGGAGCAACAAACAAUCUCUAUUGCGAAAGCUGGUAUCCAUGCCACACUUAACGCACGUACUUCGAUCUUGGCUGCAGCCAACCCCAUCGGUGGUAGGUACAAUAGAAAAAUUGGGUUGAGGUCUAAUUUGAACAUGACUGCACCAAUCAUGUCCAGAUUUGAUCUCUUUUUUGUCAUUUUGGAUGAUUGCAACGAGAGAGUUGAUACCCAAUUGGCAUCGCAUAUUGUUGACUUGCACAUGUUGAGAGACGAGGCAAUUAACCCACCAUACACAGCAGAGCAGUUGGCCAGGUAUAUCAAGUAUGCCAAAACUUUUAAACCAAAGAUGACUAAAGAAGCCAGGGACUUUUUAGUAGCAAGAUACAAGGAAUUACGUGACGAUGAUGCACAGGGAUUAGGCAGGUCUUCCUACAGAAUUACUGUGAGACAAUUGGAGUCUAUGAUUAGAUUGUCCGAAGCUAUUGCCAGGGCCAAUUGUACCGAAGAGAUCACUCCUAGUUUUGUCGCUGAGGCAUAUGAUUUAUUGAAGCAAUCGAUUAUUAGAGUGGAGAUGGAUGAUAUAGAGGUUGAUGAUGCGGAAGAGGAAGAAGUCGCUUCAGAAACAGUAUUACCCGUUGUCGAUGGUAACUCUGUAGGAGGAGAGCAACCAGCCCCAACACAAGAACCUCAUCUUCAACAACAACAGCAACAACAACAGCAACAACAACAGCAACAACAACAACAACAGCAGCAACCUCGAAAAGCCGAGCCUAUUUCAAUCUCAUACGACAAAUACGUUUCCAUCAUGAAUUUGUUAGUCAAGAAGAUUUCUGAAGAUGACAAGAAUGGCGGGGAUGGAUUGACGGCAGAUGCCUUGGUUGAUUGGUACCUUUUGCAAAAAGAAGAUGAUUUGUUCAGCGAAGCAGAGUAUAUGCUGGAAAGAAAGACGGCAUAUAAGGUAUUGAAAAGAUUGGUCAAGGAUAAAAUCUUGAUGAGUGUGACAAACAAUGACACGGAUACGAUGCCUGAGGAAGGAGCUGGACAAAGUCGAAAUCAAGGACAGCUAUCAAGAACGGUUUAUAUUAUCCAUCCAAACUGUGCCAUUUUGGACUUCUUUGAAAGAGAAGGUACAAGUACAGGUGCCGAGUCAAGUUGA